UUGAGGAUACUGUAAUGAGAUGUAUUUCUUUAUGCAUGUGUAGAACUUUACAAAAAAACAACAUUGGUUUGGGUGUCAGGAAAUCUGGGUCCUAGGGCCCUUCUUCAGCAGGAUGGUGUGACUCCUAAUUAACCCUCUGCACAAUUGCUUUAUACCUUGCAGGGUUGAGCAUUAGAUAAAUAAAGCGCCUAGCAUCAUAUCUGGCACCCAGAACUGUCCCCAAAAUGCUGUGUUGCCAUCAUGCCUCAAACCCGAUCCCAGUCACAAGCUACAAUCCGUUUUCCUAAAAAGAAGCUGCCUCGGACAUCGAACAAAGCUAAAAACUCGAGCGACGCCAAACGGGAACUGACAAAUGUCCAGGCCAUAUCCCGUUCUCCUUGUGUAAAAAGUCUGCCUCUCAGCCCCAGAAAACGUCUGGGUGAUGACAACCAAUGCAACACUCCCCAUUUAUCAACCUGUUCUCCACCAAAGCUGGGCAAGAAAGAGAAUGGUCCCCCUCGCUCACACACACCUAAGGGGCGCAGAUUGGUAUUUGACAAUCAGCUGACAGUUAAGUCUCCUAGCAAAAGAGAACAAGCCAGAGUCCACGAAAACAAAAUAUGUUCCUCAGCUCGAAAAGGUCAAGAGAUCAUAACGAAUUCUGAGCAGAGAUGUCCACUGGAGAAAGAAUCUGCAUGUGUGAGACUGUUCAAGCAAGAAGGCACUUGCUAUCAGCAAGCAAAGCUGGUCCUGAAUACAGCUGUCCCAGAUCGACUGCCUGCCAGGGAAAAGGAGAUGGAUGUCAUCAGGAAUUUCCUGAGGGAGCACAUCUGUGGGAAAAAAGCUGGAAGCCUUUAUCUUUCUGGUGCUCCUGGAACUGGAAAAACUGCCUGCUUAAGCCGAAUUCUACAAGACCUGAAGAAGGAACUGAAAAGUUUUAAAACCAUCAUGCUGAAUUGCAUGUCCUUGAGGAGUGCCCAGGCUGUAUUCCCAGUUAUUGCUCAGGAGAUUUGUCAGGAAGGAGUAUCCAGGCCAGCUGGGAAGGACAUGAUGAGGAAGCUGGAAAACCAUUUGACUGCAGAGAAGGGCCCCAUGAUUGUGUUGGUGUUGGACGAGAUGGAUCAGCUGGACAGCAAAGGGCAGGAUGUGUUGUACACACUGUUUGAAUGGCCAUGGCUAAGCAAUUCUCGAUUGGUGCUGAUUGGCAUUGCUAAUACCUUGGAUCUCACAGACAGAAUUCUGCCAAGGCUUCAAGCUAGAGAAAAAUGUAAGCCACGGCUGUUGAACUUCCCACCUUAUACCAAAAAUCAGAUAGCCACUAUCUUGCAGGAUCGACUUAAUCAGGUACCUAAAGAUCAGAUUCUGGACAAUGCUGCAAUUCAGUUCUGUGCCCGAAAAAUCUCUGCUGUUUCAGGAGACGUUCGCAAAGCACUAGAUGUUUGCAGGAGAGCUAUUGAAAUUGUAGAGUCGGAUGUCAAAAGCCAGACUAUCCUCAAACCACUGUCUGAAUGUAAAUCAUCCUCUGAGUCACUGGUUCCGAAGCGUGUUGGUCUUAGUCACAUAUCCCAAGUCAUUUCAGAAGUUGAUGGAAACAGAAUGACUUUGAUCCAAGAAGGAGCACAAGAUUCCUUCCCUCUUCAGCAGAAGAUCUUGGUCUGCUCUUUGCUACUCUUGACCAGGCGGUGGAAAACCAAAGAGGUCACUCUGGGGAAGUUAUACGAAGCCUAUAGUAGCGUCUGUCGCAAACAGCAGGUGGCAGCUGUGGACCAGUCAGAAUGUUUGUCACUUUCAGAGCUCUUGGAGGCCAGGGGCAUUUUAGAAUUAAAGAAAAACAAGGAAAACCGCUUCACAAAGGUGUCUUUGAAGACUGAAGAGAAGGAAAUAGAACAUGCUCUGAAAGACAGAACUUUAAUUGGAAAUAUCUUAGCUACUGGAUUGCCUUAAAUUCUUUUAUUUUAUACUAAUACUCCACUUGAAAGUAUCCAGCUA